AUGAUGGAUCCGAGAUCGUCAUCAGCGCUAUUCAAGAGAGCCGAGCAGUUAAAAAGAUGGGAGGAAUCGGACACCAACAAACAAUCACCGACGCCAAAACGCGCUUCAAGGAUACAAUUUUCUUCGGGUAUCGUGUUCUUGGCAGCAUGCACGGCCGGAGACAAGGACGAAGUCCAGCGUCUGUUGAAAAUGGGCGCUGAUAUCAACACAGCAAACGUAGAUGGCCUUACAGCUCUACAUCAGACCAGCGGUGGCUGCCGAAUCUUCGGCGUUGCGUGCGUCCGUAUGCUGCUCGUUCUUAUCCAAUUUACGUCCAGAGCGAUUGCAUCACGGACUGCGAUGACGCAUUGGAACACGAUACCGUGCCGGCCCGCACCCGAAGCCACUGCGCACGAAUACGCCCGUAAUCCGCCGACAGACGGCCUA